UCUUCCCCCGCAGUCUCUGUGCGUUGAAGCCGGAGACCGCGGCGGCCUCUGCUAGGACCCACCGCCCCAGAGCCGCCGGCCGGAGCCGCAGCCUCAGCCGCAGCGCCCCCGCCGCCCGUCCCCCUCCCCAGUUGCCUCCGCCGGAGCCGCCUCGCGCACUCUGGGGUAUGGCCGUCAAUGUGUACUCCACAUCUGUGACCAGUGAAAAUCUGAGUCGCCAUGAUAUGCUUGCAUGGGUCAAUGACUCCCUGCACCUCAACUAUACCAAGAUAGAACAGCUCUGUUCAGGGGCAGCCUACUGCCAGUUCAUGGACAUGCUCUUCCCUGGCUGUGUGCACUUGAGGAAGGUCAAGUUCCAAGCCAAACUAGAACAUGAAUACAUCCACAACUUCAAGGUGCUGCAAGCAGCUUUCAAGAAGAUGGGUGUUGACAAAAUCAUUCCUGUAGAAAAAUUAGUGAAAGGAAAAUUCCAAGAUAAUUUUGAGUUUAUUCAGUGGUUUAAGAAAUUCUUUGACGCAAACUAUGAUGGAAAGGAUUACAACCCUCUGCUGGCGCGGCAGGGCCAGGACGUAGCACCACCUCCUAACCCAGGUGAUCAGAUCUUCAACAAAUCCAAGAAACUCAUUGGCACAGCAGUUCCACAGAGGACAUCCCCCACAGGCCCCAAGAACAUGCAGACCUCUGGCCGACUGAGCAAUGUGGCCCCACCCUGCAUCCUCCGGAAGAAUCCCCCAUCAGCCCGAAAUGGUGGCCAUGAGACCGAUGCCCAAAUUCUUGAACUCAACCAACAGCUCCUGGACUUGAAGUUGACAGUGGACGGGCUGGAAAAGGAGCGAGACUUCUACUUCAGCAAACUGCGUGACAUCGAGCUCAUCUGCCAGGAACACGAGAGUGAAAACAGCCCUGUCAUUUCAGGCAUCAUUGGCAUUCUGUAUGCCACUGAGGAAGGAUUUGCACCCCCUGAGGAUGAUGAGAUUGAAGAACACCAACAAGAAGACCAGGACGAGUACUGAGGGCGGCUCCAGCCCUGGCUGACUGCACGGCUCCGUGCCUCUCCCCAUGCCCACCCCCACAUUAUAAUUCUUUUCCUCCAGCCAGUCAGCCGGCCGGGUGCUUUGUGUCAGUGCCGCAGCAUUGGGGAGCCCAGCGAGGGGGGUUGGGGGAUGGGGCAGGUGAGCAGGCAGAGGCCUUGUCCUGGUCCCCAGUGGCACUGGCCCAGGGAGCAGGACCCCUGCCCACUCCCCACCCGUAUUUAUUUCCGUUGUCUCUAUGCUGUGUUGGCCAACACUUCCCAGGGUGCUGCCGCCACCCACCCAGCCAGCCACCUGCUCCCCCAACAGCCAGCAGCUGUAUAUUUGACAAAGUCAUUGGUAUAUUUUUACUUACUGGAUUGUCCUUGCACUUUACCUGUUCUUUUCCAGGGCUGACAGCGGGGCUGGGGGCAGCAUGCCUGGCUUGGCUCCCCUUCCCCUUGGCCCAGUCCAGGGCAGGACUCACUGAUUCUUAUUUAUUUUGUCUUUUGACUUCCCAAUAGUUGAGGGGGAAGGCUGAUGUGAGGAGAAGGAGGGGACUGAGGAGGCAGUGCUGUGGCCCCAGGGGUCAGGGAGAAGGGAGGGGAGCAUGCCGAGGGACAGCAGUGACUUCCUGGCGCUGGGCUCACUCACCCAAGACCUCUGUCCCAGCACCAAAGCCCAGUACUGCCCCAAGGCCCUCAGCUACUCCCUCCUGCAGCCUGGUUCACACCACACAGACUCUGCCUGGCCCUCACUGUACGUCUGCCUCCCACCCGCCAGCCUCCCCUCCCCUGCCCCUCGGGCACCAGCCUGCAUAUGUGUUCACUUUUAUUUAAAUAAACUUGUGUGGUAAAAAGUC